AUGCGUGUUCUCUCAGCUAAUCUAGGUUUCCCGCGUAUGGGUGCGAAUCGAGAGCUAAAACGCCAGGUCGAAGCAUUUUGGUCAGGCAAAGUUACUGAUUCUGCUCUUUUAAAAGUUGUUAAUGAAUUACGUAAAGAUCAUUGGGUACUUCAAAAGAAUCAGCUUGGAUUAGAUAUCGUUCCUAGUAACGAUUUCUCUUUGUAUGAUCAAGUCUUGGACCAGGCAUUUACAGUUGGUGCAAUCCCGAAGCGCUAUCGGGAUGUUUUCAUUAAAAAUGAUGAUCUGUUACCCUCCGCAUUAGAAGGCAAUAUGUUGUCAACAUACUUUGCAAUGGCAAGAGGAUAUCAACAAUUUCCAACUGAAGGCUCAAAUUUACCUGUCAUAGACUUGGAAGCAAUGGAAAUGAAAAAGUGGUUCGAUACAAAUUAUCAUUACAUUGUUCCUGAAUUCGAUCCAACUCAGCAGUUCAAGUUGACCUGUAAUAAAUUUCUUGAAGAAUAUAAACAAGCAAAAUCAUUCGGCAUUGAAACUCGUCCAGUUUUGAUAGGUCCAGUGUCCUUACUUCUUCUUGGUAAAGCAUCUCCAAACUCUCCAGCGGAUUUCGCACCGAUUCAACUUUUAGAAAGGCUUUUACCUGUUUAUGAAGAAAUCGUUAAACAUCUGGCUGAGGCCGGUGCGCGUUCCGUUCAAUUUGACGAACCAUGUCUGGUUCAAGACCUUGAUUCCAAGAUAUCACAAAGCUACCACGAAGCAUACUCUUGCCUUUCUAUGGCAGCAAAAAAAUCAAGUGCGGAACCAAUAAAGAUACAACUUACUACAUAUUUUGGGAAUAUUGUACCCAACCUAGCCUUCAUAUUUCCUAAUCUUCCUAUUGAUGGCCUUCACAUCGAUCUCGUCAGGGCACCUCAACAAUUUGAAACAGUUCUUAGUGCUGCUGAAAAACAUCCAACACUUCAAUUAUCAAUUGGAAUUAUCAACGGGCGUAACAUUUGGAAAACUGAUCUAAGUGCUGCUUUUGACAUGGUUAAAAAGGCUGUGGCAGUUUUAGGGACAGAUCGAGUUAUAGUCACACCUUCAUGUUCAUUGCUUCACACACCGCACUCUUUGGAUGCGGAGACUGAAUUAAACCCUGACGUCAAAGAUUGGCUUGCUUUUUCUGUUGAAAAAAUUAAAGAAAUUGUUCUUCUCACCAAGGCUGCAAAUAAUGGUAUUGAUAGUAUCAAAGAUGAAUUAGAGGCUAACCAACGUUCUAUUCAAACUCGUCGCACUUCACCAAAAAUUCAUAAUCCUGCUGUUCAAGAAAGAUUAAAAAGUAUAGAUCAUGAUAUGAUACGCCGCAGAUCAACUUUCGAUAAACGUUGGGAGAAGCAACAAGAGAUCUUCAAAUUACCCGAUUUUCCCACUACCACAAUUGGCAGUUUUCCUCAGACUGGGGAAGUUCGUAAAGCGCGUGCGGCAUUUAAACGUGGUGAUAUUUCACAAGAGGAAUAUAACAAAUUUAUUAAUGAAGAAAUAAAAAAAUGUAUUCAGCUUCAAGAGAAAAACGAUAUUGAUGUCAUAGUCCAUGGAGAAUUUGAACGUACGGACAUGGUAGAAUUUUUCGGAGAACAUUUGGAGGGAUAUGCUUUUACAAAGAAUGGUUGGGUCCAAAGUUAUGGUUCUCGCUGUGUUAAACCACCAAUUAUUUACGGUGAUGUUUAUCGACCGAAACCUAUUACCGUUGAAGUCGCUAAGUAUGCACAAUCUUUGACCAAGAAACCAUUGAAGGGAAUGUUAACUGGUCCCGUUACCAUGUUACAAUGGUCAUUCGUACGUGAUGAUCAACAUCACAAACCGACUACGCAGCAACUUGCCUUGGCGAUCCGAGAUGAAGUCACUGAUUUGGAAGCAGCAGGAAUCAAUAUAAUUCAAAUUGACGAACCUGCUUUACGUGAAGGUUUACCUUUACGUCAUAGUGAAUGGAAAGAAUACUUGGAUUGGUCUGUUGAUUGCUUUCUUCUUGCCAGCUGUUCGGUAGCUGAUACCACGCAAAUUCAUACUCAUAUGUGUUAUUCAGACUUUUAUGAUAUAAUCGAUGCAAUUUCUUGUAUGGAUGCUGAUGUGAUCACAAUUGAGAACUCUCGUUCCGAUCUAAAGUUUCUCGGAGCUGAAUCAUUCACUUACCCGAACGAAAUCGGACCAGGAAUUUAUGAUAUACACUCACCACGUAUUCCAAGUAAAGAAGAAAUGGAACAUCGUUUGAAAGAGAUGUUAAAGCGAUUGAAACGUAAUAGCAUUUGGGUUAAUCCAGAUUGUGGGUUAAAAACCAGGAAAUGGAAUGAGGUUGAUUUAGCUUUGAAAAAUAUGACAGAGGUUGCGAAAAAGUUUAGGACUAUGGGCUAUCAAGUUUAA